AUAAUAGUAAGCAUUAAGUCACCGUUAUCGAGUGCUUAAAUACAUAAUGACAGAUAAAUGAGAGAUAUCGUAUUACCGUGCUAGAUAUCCUACAAAUUAAGUUUAUUCGAUUCUGAAAGUUAUAUCAGCAAUAUGUCUGUGCGACCAUUGCCUCCAGUGCUUGCAGAAAAGGCUCGUAAAGAGCUUAAUGAGGAUCCUCAGAGGCUACCCAAUGACUUACAACAUAUAAAGGAUUGGAUAGCCAAGCAGCCACAUCUUAAAGCCAGAACCGACGAUCAAUGGCUGACUACAUUUUUACGAGCAUGCAAAUAUAGUUUGGAACGGGCAAAAGAAAAAAUUGACUUGUACUAUUCGGUUCGUACUACGGCACCAGAUUUCUUUCAGCUUACGCCAAAAAACCCGCGAUUUUGGGAAAUUUUGGAGACUGGGUUUUUUCUUCCUUUGCCACAAGUUGCCGCUCCUGGUUCUCCUAAGGUAUCAAUUAUCAGAGCGGGAAGAUAUGAUCCCGACAAAUUCACAAUAUCGGAAGUGUUGUCAGUUUCGAAUACGAUAGAAAAGAUUAUGUAUUUGGAAGAUGAUGAUGCUGUAGUAUCAGGGGUGAUGGCCGUUCUUGACUUAGAAGGAGUUACUAUGGGACAUUUCUUACAAAUGACCCCACUACAAAUGAAAAAGAUGACGGUUGUGGGCCAGGAUGCGACACCAUUCCGUAUGAAAGGAGUUCACUAUUUGAAUACGCCAACAGGGUUUGAGACUAUUUUUAACGCAAUGAAAGCACUCCUCAAUGAAAAAAAUAAAAGCAGAUUAUAUGUCCAUAAUAAAAACUAUGAGGCGAUGUACGAACAUAUUCCAAAACAUAUGUUAACAGCGGAGUAUGGUGGUAACGCGGGAACUGAAAAAGACAUUAUAGAUUACUGGAAGAAGAAGGUCCAGGAAUACAGUGAAUGGUUAGAAGAAGAUGUGCAGUACCGCACUGAAGAAUCCAAGAGGGCCGGAAAAGCAAAAACAGCUGAAAGUAUGUUCGGCGCUGAGGGUUCCUUCCGGCAACUUCAAUUCGACUGAUUGGAAAAUACUCUUAAAUCUAUUUAUCUUUCUCCCUCUCUCUCAUGGU